AGAAACAAAGCUCUUAUUGUGAAAAUCUGCUUCCUUACAGGUGGGGAUGUGACUAACCAGGAAACAACUCGCAUGAGUGGUUCUUCCUCGACAUUUUUGACAUUUGAGGAAACUAUGAAAUGAUGAGUUCAGCAGCAUGGAUCAGUGUGAAGACAGAAAAACUGCUCAGUGUGAGGAACAGGACAGCCAGACCAAAGCUCAGAGCCCGGAGAAGCAGCACAGACCUGGAUCUGGAUCUGAAUCUGAACUUGAACCCAGCUGUGUGUCCAUUAAGAGUGACCGGUCUAUGGAGCCACCGCUGAUUUUUAAAGAAGCUUCACCAACAGCAGACUGUGUGUCCAUGAAUAGUGACCAGUCACAUGACUUCCUCAUUGAUUUUAAAGUACAACAAUCCUCUGGUGCACAGAGAGUGAACCAGGAGAGUUCAGAGGUUCCCAGUGGUCAGUCUGCCCAGCAGCCUCAAACACACCUGGACUCCAUAUUUAUGCUGCUGGAUGAGAACAUUGUCACUUUUGUGAAGAAUGAGCUGAAAAAGAUCCAGAAGCUUCUGAGUCUAGAUUACCCAGAAUACUCAGAGAGUCAGAGGGAGGAUGAGGAGGUGUUGGACGGUGAGGAUAAAGAGCAGAGGAGGAGCAGCAGAGAGGCAUUUAUGAUGAUCACACUGCACUUCCUGAGGAGAAUGAAGCAGGACGGGCUGGCUGACCUUCUGCAGAGCAGAAGUAAUUCUGGAGUUUAUCAGAAUAAACUCAAGUCUAACCAGAAGAAGAAGUUCCAGUGUGUAUUUGAGGGGAUUGCUAAAGCAGGAAACCCAACCCUUCUGAAUCAGAUGUUCACAGAGAUCUACAUCACAGAGGAAGGGACUGCAGGGGUCAAUGAUGAACAUGAGGUCAGACAGAUUGAAACAGCAUCCAGGAAACAACACAGACCAGUAACAACAAUCAGACAAGAAGAGAUAUUUAAAGCCUCACCUGGACGAGAAGAACCAAUCAGAACAGUGAUGACUAAGGGAGUGGCUGGCAUCGGGAAAACAGUCUUAACACAGAAGUUCACUCUGGACUGGGCGGAAGACAAAGCCAACCAGGACAUCCAGUUCACAUUUCAGUUCACUUUCAGAGAGCUGAAUGUGCUGAAAGAGAAAAAGUACAGCUUGGUGGAACUUGUUGAUUACUUCUUUAGUGAAACCAAAGAAGCAGGAAUCUGCAGGUUUAAAGAGUUCCCGAUUGUGUUCAUCUUUGACGGUCUGGAUGAGUGUCGACUUCCUCUGGACUUCCUCAACUCUGAGAUCCUGACUGAUGUUACAGAGUCCACCUCAGUGGGUGUGCUGCUGACAAACCUCAUCAGGGGGAAUCUGCUUCCCUCUGCUCGCAUCUGGAUAACCACACGACCUGCAGCAGCCAAUCAGAUCCCUCCUGAGUGUGUUGACAUGAUGACAGAGAUCAGAGGGUUCACUGAUGCCCAGAAGGAGGAGUACUUCAGGAAGAGAUUCAGAGAUGAGAAGCAGGCCAGCAGAAUCAUCUCCCACAUCAAGACAUCACGAAGCCUCCACAUCAUGUGCCACAUCCCGGUCUUCUGCUGGAUCACUGCUACAGUUCUGGAGGAUGUGUUGAAGACCAGAGAGAAAGGAGAGCUGCCCAAGACCCUGACUGAGAUGUACAUCCACUUCCUGGUGGUUCAGUCCAAAGUGAAGAACAUCAAGUAUGAUGGAGGAGCUGAGACAGAUCCAACCUGGAGUCCAGAGAGCAGGGAGAUGAUCGAGUCUCUGGGAAAACUCGCUUUUGAGCAGCUGCAGAAAGGCAACCUGAUUUUCUAUGAAUCAGACCUGACAGAGUGUGGUAUCGAUAUCACAGUAGCCUCAGUGUGCUCAGGAGUGUUCACACAGAUCUUUAAAGAGGAGAGAGGACUGUACCAGGACAAGGUGUUCUGCUUCGUCCAUCUGAGUGUUCAGGAGUUUCUGGCUGCUCUUCAUGUCCACCUGACAUUCACCAACUCUGGAGUCAACCUGCUGUCAGAAGAACAAACAUCAACACAGUUAUACCAGAGUGCUGUGGACAAGGCCUUACAGAGUCCAAAUGGACACCUGGACUUGUUCCUCCGCUUCCUCCUGGGUCUUUCUCUGGAGGCCAAUCAGACUCUCCUACGAGGUCUGCUGACACAGACAGGAAGUAGCUCACAGACCAAUCAGGAAACAGUUGAGUACAUCAAGGAGAAGAUCAGUGAUGAUCUGUCUGCAGAGAGAAGCAUCAAUCUGUUCCACUGUCUGAAUGAACUGAAUGAUCGUUCUCUAGUGGAGCAGAUCCAACAGUACCUGAGUUCAGGAAGUCUCUUCAGAUAUAAACUGUCUCCUGCUCAGUGGUCAGCUCUGGUCUUCAUCUUACUGUCAUCAGAGAAAGAUCUGGAUGUGUUUGACCUGAAGAAAUACUCUGCUUCAGAGGAGGCUCUUCUGAUGCUGCUGCCAGUGGUCAAAGCCUCCAACAAAGCUCUACUGAUUCACUGUAACCUGUCAGAAAGAAGCUGUGAAGCUCUGUCAUCAGUUCUCAACUCUGAGUCCUCUAGUCUGAAAGAGCUGGACCUGAGUAACAACGACCUGAAGGAUUCAGGAGUAGAGCAGCUGUCUGCUGGACUAAAGAGUCCUCACUGUAAUCUGGAGAGUCUCAGACUGAGUAACUGUAACCUGUCAGAGAGAAGCUGUGAAGCUCUGUCGUCAGUUUUCCGCUUAGAGUCCUCUAGUCUGAGAGAGCUAGACCUGAGUAACAACGACCUACAGGAUUCAGGAGUGAAGCUGAUCUUUGUUGGAGUAAAGAGUCCACAUUGUAAACUGGAGACUCUCAGUCUGUCAGGCUGUCUGAUCACAGAGGAAGGCUGUUCUUCUCUGGUCUCAGCGCUGAGCUCCAACCCCUCCCAUAUGAGAGAGCUUGACCUGAGCUAUAAUCAUCCGGGAGACUCAGGAGUGAAGCUGCUGUCUGCUGGACUGGAGGAUCCAAACUGGAGACUGGACACUCUCAGGGUGGAGCCUGCUGGAGUCCGAUGGUUGAAACCAGGUCUGAGGAAGUAUUCCUGUGAACUCACAUUUGACACAAACACAGUGAGCAGAAAACUCAAACUGUCUGACGACAACAGGACAGUGACAUUUGUGAGAGAGGAUCAGCAGCCAUAUGAUGAUAAUCCAGCGAGGUUUGACUGUCCUCAGCUGCUGUGUAGAGAAGGACUGACUGGUCGCUGUUACUGGGAGGUCGAGAGGAGAAGAGAGGUUCAUGUAGCAGUGAGUUACAGAGGAAUCAGGAGAGGAGUCAGUGAUGAAAGUGUGUUUGGAUGGGACGAUCAGUCCUGGAGACUGAGCUGCUCUGAAGGUCGUUACUCUGUCUGUCACAAUGACACAAGAACAGGCCUCCCUCUCUCCUCCUCCUCUAACAGAGUAGCAGUGUAUGUGGACUGUCCUGCUGGCUCUCUGUCCUUCUACACAGUCUCCUCUGACUCACUGAUCCACCUCCACACUUUCAACACCACAUUCACUGAGCCUCUUUACCCUGGGUUUGGGUUUGGGGCUGGUUCCUCAAUGUCUCUGUGUUCUCUGUAGGAAGAGUCUCCUCCUGUCAGAGAAAUUGAUCAGCUGAUUGAAAACCACUAUUUAUUACUAUUUAUGAACAACAGUGUCUUUGCACAAUAAAUCCAUAUUUGUGUAAUGUCCUAAAUCUCUGUAACACUUCAGGCUAUCAUCGUUGUAAUUGAUUAGCAUCAAAGAUAACAUCUGCACCUUUCCAAAGAGGUUUCCUGUGUCAUUGUAGGCCUUCCAAUCCAGCCUGGAACAACAGUAUCUUUGUACAAUAAAUCCAUAAUUAUGAAUCCAAAAAUCAUGUACGUAAUGUUGACCCGCUCUACCUCCUGAGCCUCAGUAGUCUGUUUGGUAGUUGGCUAGUGGAGCAGCCAGCGAGGUGACGUAUUUGUGCAUGACGAGCGAUGUAGUUCACUGAACUGGUUUCACAGUAAACUAAGUGGAACUACUAGUCUUGCUAUCACCACACCAAGCUCAAUAUUUUAAGAUUGAGCAUUGGUCUGGGGAGUCUGCUCUGUAUUUUCUACUGCAUAAGAGGCGUGAUCAACGGGCAUAGUUCAAAUGACUCUACGCAAUUGGAUAGUCCUUCAACCAAUCAGACCAACAAUCCAGGUGAUGUAGCAGCGACAGCGGCAUCAACGCGUUGCUGCACUUCGGUGGCUUGUUGAAUGUAAACAAGAAGCUGCUUGGUCGCUUCUCUAUCAUCAUCAUGUUAAACCCGCCAAUAGCGCGACCGGUAGAUAAGCCAGUUAGUGAUUGGUUUCCUCAAAAUUGUGAAAAGAAGCAGGAUAGAUAAACGUACAGGUUUCCAGACCGAUCUGCAGGAAGAAAUCAAAUCAGAUUGGGCUGGGUUUACCCAGUCUAUGGAACUAUGACAAACCUGCCACAAACUGAGACUUUCUUCACUUGUAAAAUCAUUUCUAAACUUAAAUAUCAUACGUGUAAUUCAUGGCUCAAUUCAAACAGGAUCUAAACUUUAUUAGUCUCUCCCUGUUCACUACCGGAAACUGAAAUAAAGUCCAACGGUGGACACAGGAAGGCGCGGGACUUCUCAUUAUGAUCAUUAAAUUGUGUAAAUGCCAUUGUUUUGUCACGUUUUGUUUUGAAUUCUGUCUUUUCACAAUAAAAGCCUAAAGUCCCACCCUUUU